CACCUUUUCACAGUAGAACCACAAAUGCUGUUAAGAGAAACCAUACGCAAGACCAAGGCUUUAUUUCACAAAAGCCUAAGAAAUUUUAAGUCUUUCAUCCUUGGAAGGUACCAAAAAUUACCCAGAUCUCUUUCCUUCAAUCCAUUCCUUGGUCGCAAUGCCAAUGCAAGAACUUACACAAGCGAUCAAUUUUACAAUGAGUUUUAUGAAAUACUGCAGUCUGAUCUGAAUAGAAUAAAGAGUAAUGAUGACAUUGGCAUGAUCAGGACAAGAGAGCAAGUAAUGGGAGAUGCUGCAAGUAAUGGAAGCCUUAUGAGUUUUGACAAGCAAAUUCAACCAAAGAGUAUUCCCGAAGAUGGAGCAAAAGAGAAGAAAAACAAAGGGCACUCUCAAAUAGGAAAGAAGGAAGAAGACAUGAAUGAAAGUGCUCAUGUUUUAGCACAAAAGAUGAAGGAAUUGGAGAUGAUGGAUACCGGUGAUGUUGAGCAUGUACUAGACGUAGAAGAGGCACUUCACUACUAUUCUCGCCUUACAAGUCCUGUUUAUUUAGAUAUCGUUGACAAGUUUUUCUCCGACAUGCACUCAGAAUACUACCUUCCACAGUCCUCUGUCAGCAUCAAACGCUCGAAGUCAAAGGGAAGACUUGGCCCAAUCAGGUUGUAGAUAAGAUAAUC